AUGCUGCGUUCAUUUGUGCUGGUGUUUGUUGUGUUUGAGGGUGCUGCCAUGAUUUAUGCGCUUGUACACUUGCGGUACAACUACUCUCUCCUGUCCACGAAAAAAAGAAGCUACGGCGUCUAUUGGAAGCAGCAGCAGCACAAAACAACGCAGACGGCGGGUGAGAUCCUAUGGACUAGCAGCAACAGCGGAGGGGGGCCAUUCAGACAAAGUCGCAUAGCCGAGAUGAUGGUUUUUUCGCGCACAUGCGUGAUCAGUGAAGAGUACGUGGGCAGCAGUUUGCUCAGCGGCACAAGCUGCGGCUUCUCCAGCGCAGAGCCUUCACGUCGAGAGGUGUUGGAGCACUAUGACUGUUCGAGACGAAGCAGCGGGGACACAGCCGCGACGAGACCGCGUUGUCACAGUUUAUAG